AGCUAAAGAGUGCACAAAAAUGGUAGAGGAUGAGAAAGCAAUGAGUGAGGAGGAUCCGUAUUCUUUAACAAUGGAUGAUGAAGACCCCUAUGAUCUAAUUUUACCAGAAGACAAAAAGGAAAGUACUGCCUUCAUUGUAAAGAGGCCACCUGCACCUAUUCCACGACCAACGACCCUGCAGUGUGUGGACAACACACCCUUUAUAGCUCAAGUGUUUCAGCAAAAGACUGGAAAAGGUACCAAUGACAAGCUCGGCAAUGCCCCUAAAAGAGCUAACAGACCCAAGAUUGGUGAGAGUCCAGUUUAUGACACAUUCAGGCCAGAGUACAAUCCAGGACAGCAACAGUUGAUCCAUCUGCAAGAACUGGUCAAGAAGGGAGUUCUCACUGUCAAUGAAGCUCAGGAAAGGUUUAAACAAUGGCAGAUUGAAGAGAAGGAUCAGGAUGCUGUACAACAGGUCCAGAAUAAAAUUUGUACAAUAAUCCAGUAAACAGUGUUCCCAACACUUGCCUUUGUGUUACCUAAAUGACUUGUAAUUCUUGAUGUUAAUCAAGCUGGGUCCUUUCUAUGGCAAACCGAAUACUGAGGAGUAACCU